UUGCAGGGCAGGAGAUGUCAGUUCGGUCUGUACGGACGUUUAUUUUAUUGACCGGUAAUGGCCACUAAUCCCUGGGAUCCGGUGCAGCCGACGGCAGCUGCGUUACUGAUGGAGAGGUGUCUGGGGGCCGGAGUUCUGUCACAGAAUGCCCUCGACCAGACAUGGAAAGAGACCCCGUGCUUCAGUCGUGUAGGAGAGCUGGAGAAGAUCUCUACACUCAAGGCGGAAAUCAACCAGAAGACCUUGGAAUUGGAAAUGCUGAGACUGGAGAAGGAGACGGCCGAUAUCGCUCACUCGUUCUUCCUCAAUCAGAAAUAUGAUGCCCUGCAAGCAAUAAAUGGCCACCUGGAGGCGGUACUAAGAGAGAAACGCAGUCUGAGGCAGAGGCUGGCUAAGCCAUUGUGCCAAGAGAAUUUACCCAUCGAGGCAUCUUACCACAGGUUCGUCUCUGAACUCUUACCACUUGCUGUUAAAUUCAUUGAGAAGCUGGAAGUCUACAUCCAAACCAUCCACACCAUUCCCCAGAUCCCAGACUGUGUGAAGAACAUGGAUAACGCCUUGGUCAGAAUGGAGGCUCUCGAGGCAGAUCUAGAGGAGGUGACUGAACAGAUUCUGACGUGGAGAGAGACACAGAAUAAACAGCUUCAGGGAAACUUCCAGGUUAACGCAGAAGAAAGUUCCAGCAGUAUCAAAGGAUCUACUUCUUACCUGUCCAUUGAAAAUCUCCACCACUAGUUAGCAGUUUGGCGGUGAUGUCACAUUGCUCAGACAGUAGAUAAGGAGUUAGUGGGGUUGUCCUGUCUCGCAGUUUCAACUGGCCCUGGGUGGCCGGGCUUAAUGGGAACUUAAUGGGCCGUCGCUCCGCUAUUUCCAUAGCUCUUACUGCAGUGAAUGGAAGCUACACAAACAGCAUAGCGGAACAAGCUAGGCUGCUUCCGUAACCCCCGAUUGACAGAAACGGCCUUGCUCUCUUUGCUACGCUAUUGGCGUAGCUUCCAUUCACUACAAUGGGAUUUGCUCAGUAGCUUCUGUAAGCCUGGCCUCCUGAGGUCAGUGCUUAGUUCCAUCUUGCCGUGGAAACUGUGAAAUGGGACAUCCGCUUUAAUAUCAAACGUUAUAAGGAUGCAUUCACAUAACUGUGGGGCGGCCGUGCCCGAACCGGAUCCGGUAAGCAUAGGCACCCGCUGUGUGCACCUUGCAUCGUGGUGCGGACCCAAUGACUUCAACGAGCCUCUGACCCGCGAAAUAUAGGACACGUUCUUUUCUUUUGCAGCAUGGAGGCACAGACCUGAAGGCACACGGAAGCCCUUCUGUCCAUGCCUCUGUGCCGCAAAGGAUAGAACACGUCCUAUUUUUCGCUGCAUCUUGCGGAUUGUGGACCCAAUGAAUUCAAGGUGCGGUGUACACGCAUUUUAGCGGAUCUGUGUUUUGCACGGCCAUCCCACAUCCCACUAAGGCUGAGUUUAAAUAGAGUUUUUUUCUGUGCUGCAAAACAUGAUGCAGAAUCUGCUUCAAAUUUAUUUCCUUUAUUAAUUUUACCUUUUUUGACGGGAUUUUUGGAUGUGGAUUCGUCCUGAAAUCCACAACAAGAAUAAACAUGCCACGGCUUUUUUUCCCACAAUGUUUUUUUUUUUUUUUUAACCAUAAAUUAUCAUGUGGUUUUCGCAUUGAAACCAACAGGAAGUGGAUGGCAUGAUAUUUCGGUGUGGAAUCCGCACCAAAAUUCACGCCAAAGAAAACUGUGUCUGAACGCAGUCUUACACAUUUUUAACAGUUUAUCCUGCCCGUAAACCCAGCAGAGGCAGCCAACCUAAUCCAAAGUCAGCACUAGUUUCCCAAUGUAAUGGCUACAAUUAGUAUCAAUAGGUCCGUAGCCUACCUAGUCCGCGCACCAGUCGAAAACUGAUUCUCUCCCCCCCCCCCCCCCCCCCCCAAAAAAAACCCCUUACAUAUAGAAUAGCUACGAAUAACAAUCACAAAUGUAAUAAAGCUAGCAUCUCUCUGUGUUAUGCUUCAUAUCUUGGCAAUGGUUUGGAAUUACUAGAUCACACACAUUUGGGUCUUCUCCACUCACAUUCAAAGAUAUGAAGUCAUUUAUAUAUUUAAUUACUUUUGCUAUUUGUACAUACAUUUUUAAUAUUAAAUAUCUAAACUUUGCAUAUAAA